AUGGCGGCCCGCCCAAACCGCAGUCCGCGCCUCGACCACCUCUCCCGCGUCCUCGCCUCCGACCACCCGCCCCCGCCGGCGGCCGCCGUGCACGCGCGCCUCAUCCGCGCGCACGGCGACACCCCUCCCCCCGUCAUCCGCUCGCUCCUCAACCAUGCCAUCCGCCGCCUGUCCAAGCCGCGCCCCCACGCCGCGCUGCGCCUGCUCCUCCUCAUGCCGCGCCUGCCCGUCUCCCCCGACCACUUCACCGUCCCCUUCGCGCUCAACGCCGCCGCGUCCCUCGGCCUCCUCCGGCUCGGCGCGUCCCUGCACUCCGUCGCGCUCCGCCUCGCGCUCGCCCCCACCUGCCUCCCCGUCGCCAACGCCCUCGUCGCCCUCUACGCCAAGUGCGACGACCUCCCCGCCGCGCACGCCGCGCUCGCCGACAUCCCGGUGCCCGACGCCGUCUCGUUCAACUCUCUCCUCUGCACGCACGCCCGCCUCGCCUCCGUGCCCGCCGCCGAGUCGCUCUUCACCUCCAUGCCCUCCAGAACCCAGGUCUCCUGGAACGCCAUGGUGGUCGUCUACGUCAAUGCCGGUGACUUCGCCUCUGCUCACCGGGUGUUUGAUGAAAUGCCUACGAGGGAUUCCUCUUCCUGGUCUGUGUUGAUUAUUGGAUACUGCAAAAGCGGGUCAAUGCAGAGCGCCCGGGAGCUGUUCGAUAAAAUGCCAGGGAAGAAUCUUGUGACAUGGACAGCAAUGAUAAAUGGGUAUGCUCAAUGUGGGCGGCCUAAGGAGGCACUAGCAUUGUUUAGGGAACUGGAGGCUGCUGGGAUUGAGCCAGAUGCAGCCACCAUGGUCGGAGUUAUCUCCUCUGCUUCCCAGAUAGGUAGCACAUCAUUAGCUGGGUGGGUUGGAACCUACGUUGACAGGAAGAGGAUUGAAAGGAAUGAGAAGGUGCUUACAGCACUGGUAGAUAUGCAUGCCAAGUGCGGGAAUGUCGAGCAGGCUCUCAAUGCUUUUAGGGAGAUUGAACAGCCGGAUGCAUACCCUUACACUGCACUUAUUAGUGGGCUGGCGACUCAUGGGCACGCAAAGCUGGCACUUCAAGUGUUUGAACGGAUGCAAGCUCAGGCAGUUAAACCUGAUCCGAUCACUUUCGUCGGUGUGCUUACUGCGUGCAGCCAUGCAGGGCUUGUUGAUAGAGGGUUGGACUAUUGGGAAGCAAUGGUGCAUGAGUAUGGGAUGAACCGUCGGGCAGAUCACUAUGCCUGUGUUGUCGACAUGCUUGGUCGUGCAGGGAGGCUUGAGGAGGCUUUUGAGAUGGUCCAAACAAUGCCGAUGGGCCCCCAUCCAGGUGCUCUUGGCGCCCUGCUGAGUGCGUGCAAGACACACGACAAUGCUGAGAUUGCUGAAGUUGUUGCAAAUAAGCUUUUUGAGUUGGAACCUCGAAAUACUGGGAACUAUAUACUGCUGUCGAGUAUAUAUGCUGGGAGAGGACAAUGGGAGGAGGCAGAAAGAGUUCGGUCGCUGAUGAAAACAAAAUUACCUUUCAAACAGCCAGGGUCUAGUUGGUUUUAGGAUCAGCAGAGGGAGCAAGGCAGGUUGUCUUUUGAGGAGCUGAAAAGCACCACAAACAUUUCUGUUUGCUAUAUAUUAAAUCGGUGCAGGCUGAGGCAGAAAACAUGGCUAAUUGAACUAUCAAGAAUGCAACUAAGUUGGGAUGCUA